AUGUUGCUCUUGAGGUUGGCGCACAGGAACCAAAGAGAAUAUGAUGUUGUGGGCCUCCAAAACCCUGAUCUCAGAUCAGGCUCCCCCAGUGAUGUCUUAAAGACAGGGAAAGGAGUGUGUGCAGGCUACGCUGGCCUGUUCCAAGCUAUGUGCAGUCUUGCAGGCAUAGAGUGUCAGCAGGUGUCUGGGUAUUCCAAGGGUGGAAUGUACAAGCUGGGUGACCGCUUUACAGGGAGUGCUACCCACGCCUGGAAUGCGGUCAGACUAGCAGGGACCUGGCAUCUACUGGACAGCACAUGGGGAGCUGGGAACACUGAUAAUCACUCCACAUUCAAAUUCGAAUACGAUGAGUUCUACUUCCUGACGCACCCUGCUCUCUUUGUGGGAGAUCAUUUCCCGCUUGAGAGCCAGUGGCAGCUGCUCAACCCUCGGCUUUCCUUGAAGCAAUUUGAGAACUCGAUGCAUCUGAGAAGCACGUUUUAUAAUUUGGCCCUCCUCUCUAUACACCCUGAGACAUAUCUCAUCCAAUCAGAUGGAAAGACAACGAUCACAGUUAAGAGUUCAUCACCUGUGCUGUUCAUGCACAACAUGAAUGGGAAACAGCGCAACGCUAUCAUGACACUCACACCAGAUGGCAUGAAGCUGGAUGUCUACCCCCAGGAAACUGAAAAGCAUUCCUUGAAAAUAUAUGCAAAGGCCUUGAAUUCUGGAGAGGAGGAAAAGUACAGCCAAGUGUGUGAGUAUCAGCUCCAGUGCAAGGCGGUCAACAGGGAAAUGCGGCUUCCGGAUGACCUGAGUAACCCAGUGGGGCCCAGCUGGCUGACGGAGAGGAGGGGCCUCCAGCAUCCCUCGCAGCGUGGCCCCAUCGUCCACGCGGCUGACGGCCGCUGCUCCCUUCGCUUCCACGUGGCAAGCCACUUGGACCUCAUGGCCAUGCUGAGCGCCGCAGCCUUGACUGACGACGAGCAGAGGAGACACGUCUUUCAGUCCAGGCGAGGAGACUCUGUGGAUUUCAGGGUGCAGGUCCCCAGGGCGGGGUUGUACGUGUUCAGCGUAUAUGGCAGGGACAAAGCAGAGAUGGGGAGCUAUGGGUUCCUCUGUAAUUAUCUGAUCUCCUGCACCAACCCAACAGUGAUGUGGCCCUUCUACCCACUGAGGUACGAUUCCUGGAAAGAAGACUAUGAGCUGGUGGAGCCCCUGUCAGGGGUCCUGCCAGCCAGUCGUACGGUCAAGUUUAAGAUGAGGAUCCCCCACGUGUCACAGGUCUCUGUGGGAGGCAGGGACACACAGGAGCUGCUCCUGGAUGCAGAUGGGUACUGGAGUGGCUGCUGCAGUACAGUGGGGUGCACCGACCUCAACAUCAUGAUCCAAUUCAAUCCUGGCGACCGAUCGCAUUCCUUUGUUCUCAACUAUCAAGUGGAGAGCCACUAGUGACCAUUCUGUCUGCCUUUCGGCAGUUUGGCAAGAGGUGGAUCUGACUAACAUCCCUCUUCUAAGAUGACAUUGAGGCAUGCUAUUGAGCUUCUAAGAGAGGUUCAAGCAAAUAUUUUAAGGGUUUAGUAACUCGUACAAGAUGUUGAAAUUAAAUUAUAUUCAUCAGGAA